AUGAAGCUCGCCUGCUCGCUCGCUUUUCUCGUCACUCUCGUCACUCUCGUAAGAUACGCGAUUGCUGCGGAGUGGAACUUCGUCCAGAAUGGCACAUCUGGGAUACUUGCUCUCGAAGCUGUCUUUGUCUCUCCUACUCUGGCUAUCUUCUUCGAUCGAGCAAGUAACGAUCCACUGGUCAUCAAUGAUGCACCGGCUUGGGGUGCAUUAUGGAACAUGGAAACUAACACUGCGACAGCUCUCAGCGUCAUCUCAGACUCUUUCUGCGCCUCUGGAGGAUUCUUGAGCAACGGGACGAUGGUCAGUGUUGGAGGGAAUAUCCCAAUCGUUUCUGCUGCAACUGAUGGGCGGAUGGGCAUCCGUGUUUUUGAACCAUGUGCCGACCCAAUUGGUUUGAACUGUACCUUGUUUGAGGAUCCAGAAACCUUGCACCUCGAAGAGACGCGAUGGUAUCCCUCAUCCUUGAGAAUAUUCGACGGGUCUCUGAUGGUCGUCGGUGGUAUCCAUGAAGACACCCCGUUCUACAAUACCGAUCCUGUCAACAACUUCGAGUUCUUCCCGUCUAAGGAUGGUGGCGUUCCACGACCAUCUGCGUUCCUCGAGCGCAGCCUUCCGGCCAAUCUCUUCCCUAGGGUCUUCGCCUUACCUGAUGGAACCGUUCUUAUGAUCGCCAACAACCAAACUAUCAUCUACGACAUCGAGAAAAACACUGAAACCAUGCUUCCAGACAUCCCGAACGGUGUUCGCGUCACGAACCCCCUUGAUGGCUCAGCUACCCUCUUACCCCUCUCGCCACCUGACUUCAUCCCGGAAGUCCUCGUCUGCGGUGGCUCAUCCACGAACGACCAAAUCCAGCCCAAGGAUCUAUCGUCCCAAGACCCCGCAUCAGCACAGUGCAGCCGGAUGACGCUCACUCCAGAGGGCAUCAAGAAAGGCUGGGAAGUCGAGGAGAUGCUCGAGCCGCGGAUCAUGCCUGAGCUACUUUUGCUGCCGAAUGGACAAGUUCUCAUCAUCAACGGAGGACAGACGGGGUACGCUGCGUUCGGCUCGGUGAAGGAUCCCGUGGGCAAUGCGUCCAACGCAGAUCACCCUGUAUUCACCCCAUCCCUCUAUACCCCGGAAGCCCCGCUGGGAAAGCGAAUCAGCAACGAGGGGAUGCCGACGACCGACAUAGCCCGGCUAUACCACUCCGUGGCCAGUCUUACCCCACAAGGGAACAUUCUCAUAGCCGGCUCUAACCCCAACCGCCUGGUCGUAAAUGGAACAAAGUUCGGGACGGAAUUCCGAGUCGAAUACCUCAACCCGCCAUUCAUGUCCUUGGAACGCCCUGUCAUGGCCAACGUGCCCGCCAAGAUCGCCUUCAACACGCCCUUCAUCAUCGAUGUCUCCAUCCCCAGAGACCUCGAGGCGUCCAAUAUCCAAGUCGCUCUCAUGGACCUGGGCUUCUCCUCACACGCAUUCCACUCCAGCUCCAGGCUGGUAUUUAUGACCGCCGAGCUAUCGCCCAACCGGACGCAACUCACGAUCCUCAGUCCGCCGAACAACAGGGUUUACCCACCUGGGCCUGCUUAUGAUAUUUUGAUUGAUGGCGUGAAUGCGAAAGCGUAUAUUUUCUUGACCAUCGAUGGUGUUACGAGCGCUGGAGCACCAGUCAUUGUGGGCAACGGGUUGCCGCCGCCAGUCGCCGACCAGGGUGUCCCACUUUGA